AUUUUUAUUUUUGUCGCGCAGCCACUGACGUAUUAACUUGGUCAACAUCAAUUCGAUUGUUUCCAGUUUCUUUUACACCAAUAUUUCGUAUAUUUGUGCAUAUGUGGACUUACUGUUCAGUUAAAAAAGUAUCGUCCGAAAGUAGGACUGACCAUAUAUCCAGCCGAGAGAGUUUAUUAUUUUUCAUUCCCAAUAAUGGAGUCCGAGAAAGAUCCAGCAACCGAGGAACUACUAGAAUCGUUUCGGCGACAAUGGGAGACUGAAAUUUCUGCUGCCAGAUUGCAGCAAUCUCUGACUAGCAGCAGUAAACCCAAAAAUGAGGAUCACGAGUCUGGGAGUAAAGAAACGGUUGAUGAAGAAGAGGCAAAAAGUUUAUAUCUACGUGGAGUAAAACAUGAAAAGUCUGGAGAAGUUGUGGAAGCUAUAAAAUUUUACAAACGAGCAAUGCAGUUGGUCCCUGAUAUUGAAGAAAGAAUAUACACAUAUCCCAAGAACAAAGAAGGCAGCGAGACUACUUCGGAACCAAAAAGUCACAAAGACUUGAAGGAAGAAGUUCGUAACAACAAUUCUGAUGAUGAAGACGAUGAUGAACUUCCGGUUGAUUUGCUAGUAAAGCUUGAACGGCUAUUACUACAGGAUGGUCUAGUUUGUACCCCACACGAUGAACCAAAGGGUACUCAUAUAUCGGAUUUACCGCGUGAAAUUAUUAUUUACCUUCUCAAAUGGGUGGUAUCUUCUGACUUGGAUCUUCGGUCAUUAGAACAAGUUUCAUUGGUUAGCCGUGGUCUCUACGUCUGUUCCCGAGACAGCGAAAUUUGGAAACUCGCGUGCCUUAGUGUCUGGAACAGCCCAGCCAGUCCUACAACUCUUGGUUUUACCAACUAUAGAGACAUGUUCAUUUAUCGUCCUCGUCUUCAUUUUCAUGGCUGUUACAUUAGUAAAACAUCAUAUGUGCGGCAAGGAGAGAACAGUUUUCAAGAUACCAAUUAUCAGCCGUGGCAUUUGGUAAACUACUUUCGUUAUUUGCGCUUCUAUCCUGACCGAACCGCUAUAAUGUCCACCACUGCGGAUAUUCCUAGCUUGGUAGUCAGUAAACGUCUAAAAAGAAAAGAUCCUUCUUGUUUCCGCGGUUUCUACACGCUCCAUGGAAACGUUGUUACGUGUAUCUUUAAACGAAAACGGAUUCCAGAACGAACUGAACGAAUCGAUAACAGAAACCGAAGAAGGAAUGACGAAGCAAAUAAUAACGGCAGCACAAUGAUUGAGCAGAUUUUUGAACUAGAAUUGGAAAUCAAGACUAUCAAUAAGAAGAAACUUCAUUGCGCACUUCAUUGGAAUCGUUACAGUAUUCAGACUGUUUACCAAAAUAAGGAAUCCACGACUGCCAAUUUUGAUAUAACCGCUACCCGUUUUCCGCCCUUGAUCUUCAGCCGUGUGAGGUCCUAUAAUGCCCAAAGUGAGAAACCACUUUAAAAAUCCUGCAAGGAAGUUCACUUCAAUCAGAUGCAACCAAUUUCAACAAUUAAUUGUGCCUGUUUAUUGUUAUGGAAUUACAAAAAUAAAAUGCAAUUACAAUUUAA